GUUUACGUCACGCGACAGCCGGUUGUCCGUGGUGUAGGAGUUGUUGGAGGCUGGGAUUUAUUCCGAGGGGCGGUGGAGUUACCUCCCUCUAAUCGAAAUUAUACGAAAAAAACGAUAAGUGUAAAACAGUGACAAUAACAGUGUUGUUAAACAGAUCGCACUUACUCAAGAUACUUGGUCCCGCAGGCCGGAGAACAAAAGAGUCCCAUGCUGUUGGCGACCGUCCUGCUGAACGGAUUCAAGAGCCUGGUCACGUCCGCCAUGUCGUCCAACAAGUUCAACGUCGUGUUCGUGCUGGGCGGGCCCGGCGCCGGCAAGGGUACCCAGUGCGCCCGCAUCGUCGCGGAGUACGACUUUGUGCACCUGUCGGCCGGGGAUCUGCUGCGGGCCGAACACCAGCGCGAGAACAGCAAGUACGGCGCGAUCAUCGACGAGUACAUCAAGGACGGCAACAUCGUGCCGGUCGCCAUCACCUGCAAGCUGCUGGAGCAGGCGAUGCAACAGAGCAGGUCGAACAAGUUUCUCAUCGAUGGCUUUCCUCGGAACCAAGACAAUCUGGACGGCUGGGAAAAGGAGAUGGGCGACAAAACCAACAUCCUCUGCGUGCUGUUCUUCGACUGUCCCCGAGAGGUGUGCGUCCAGCGGUGUCUGUCCCGAGGCGCCGCCGGCAGCGGCCGGGCCGACGACAACGAGAAGUCGCUGGUCAAGCGACUCGAUACCUACAUGAGCUGCACCAUGCCCAUCAUCGAGUACUACGACAAGAAAAACCUGGUCAGGAAGUUCGAUGCCUCGCCGCCGGCGGACAAGAUCUUCGCCGAGGUGUCCAAGCUGUUCAACUCGCUAUGACGGCCGUCGGCACGCGCGGCCGGCCCCGGCGGCGGCGGCGGCGGCGCCGGGUCGUGAGAGCUCGGCAGACGCCGCGGUCUUGUCGCCGACCCCGGCUCGCCACGCUCCGCGACGGUCCGCUAAGAAAACACUGUGCCUCUGCCGUCAAGUGCAGGCCGUCGUGGACGGCCUCUUCUGGCGCUUGACGGUAGUUAGAAUUCUGCUUGGCAUCUCUUUCCAUCUCCACGCCGUUUUCCCUGGCGUGUGUGCGCCUGCACGCUCGGUUAGGUAAGAGUGUGUAGUACCUUGACCCGUUAUGACCCCAGGAGAACUUAUUUCACCGCAUCGGCUUGGUAGAUACCUAAAGAAUGGUAGCGUAUUUCCACAUGUCAGCUUUGUUUAUAACAUUUCGGGCCGUGAUUGAGCCCUUGUUUGGUAGUAUUUAAUGCCUGCAGCCAGCCGAUUUAUCUUGUGAAAGCGUGUUUCCGGCAAAUAUUUCCAGAGAUCUCUGCGCUGUUACUGACCAAGGUUUCCCCUGUUCAGACUGUUGCCACCUGAGGUCGACCUUUGGACCAGAGUUGUGUUCGAUAGCCACUCUGAAGUGACCGAGAGACAACUCGAGGCAUUGGAGGGGUCCGGUCUGUCCUAAAAGCUCACACGAAAAGACCUGGACCGUCACUCCAGUGUGGCCAAUGCUACUCUGAGCAGAAUGGAAGCGACUCCGCUAUCGCCCCCCCCCCCCCCCCCGUCCCCCCCAAACCGGGGAUUCUUCAUUUCCGCGACGAAGGGGAAGAUCUGGCAUUGGGUUCAUGAAGUCCUCUUUGCAGAAGACGCGGUACGUUCCGUCAUCGACGCUGUUACCGGCAGCAUUUAUUUUGCCUAAAAUGUUGGAGAAAACAUUUGUAACAUGUGUAGACGCUAGGAUCUGGUUUGGAACUGUCCCGCAUGGUUUGCUAGUAUGUUUUGCUGUUUUGUUGGUUGCGUGCCGCCAUUAUUUGACGAGUUCAGGGUUUGUGUCUGUGAUGGUCUCGUUACUUAAUCGGUUGUAAAGUGAGCCAGAUCCUCAGAUGAGUUUGGUGGCGAUUACGACGACGUGACGUGUGGCGACGUGACGACGUGGUAUUCUCUUCAGCUUAACGCAGUUAACAUCAAUUAAGGCAUUAAGCAGCAUGGGCAAAGUUUUGACAUCGUCGAAAUCGUAGCAAGUGAAUGAAUACGUCAUAAAAAUGCCGUAAUAUUUUCGCAUCAAUUUGUAUUUUAAAGUCUCAUUCUCUCAUCCACCCCAGAAAGACAAGUGCCCUCCGCCGGUAACCUUUUAGGCAACCUAGAUUCUACAUCGUCGGGUCGGCAGAGGCAGUCGAGCCUCUUGCUUUGGCAGCGAGCGUUUUAGACGUCUGCAAUGUUAGGAGGCGGGAACACCAUCUCGGUUGUGGCAAGACUCUCCGCCCAUUUUCCGUUGUAAUUGCGCUAAACGCCGCGUUUUUGUUUUGUGAAAUGUAACGGUAUGUGGUCACGGCUAGAGCGAAAGUAGGUCUGUUUUGAGCCGGCCGAUCGACAGACCGGAUCUCGACGGCUCAGCGGCUUCAGUUCGUCCACCGAGGGACCUAACACCUGCGGCGCACCGUUCAGCAAGGGGUGUUCCAGUGGCAUUCCACCAGGAGGUGACCGGGCCAGCCCAGAGAGAGGCCGAUGUUUUGGUGUCAGAGAUGAUCGGUCAGCGGAGCUCACCUGC